UAAAUAUCAACAACAAGAAUAUAAAUAUGUACGUUUAACUAGAUGGACUAUAAGCAAGUACCAAAUCCUUCGACUUGACACGAAUCGCCUCAAAGACGGAAAAGGGAAUACUCCUCGAAUGAAGCCGAUCCGCAAUGGGAUCCGAUUUAGGGAUUAACACUAAACUUGAGACACUAAUAAAGGUAGAUGAUGAUUUUAAUAUCGAACCUAAUGCUGUUGAAGAGUUAAAAAAGUUGUACGACAUUGAGCGACUGCGUGAAUUUGGUGACAUACCAUUUCUCAUAAAACGCAUGGAGCCACAUGAUUUUGCGAUAAGCUACAGAAAUGCCAUCAGCAGUGCGCAAAUAAUUGUUCAACUGUUUCGAAAAAAUCAAGUGCCGAGAAGCACGGGUAUUGCCCUGCGAUUAGGCAAUCACACGCCAUCGUCCUGUACGUUGAUACUGGCUAUACUAAAUCACAAUUGCUAUUUUUAUUGCAAUGACAAAAUGAUCCUAUCUAAAGCUCUACAUUGUCAAAUGUGCGAUGCUGGUAUUGACUACUUGAUUGUUAACAGUUACAUGGCGGUUGGCUCUAGCUUCUUUAUAGAACUGGACAGCUUUAUUGUAUAUAAUGAAGAAUACAAACUAUAUAAGCUGAAGUACUCAGAAAAUAAUGUGGGCAAAGCGACAAACACAGUGUUGCCCCCAAACAUGUGCUACAUUAUAACGACCACCGGUACAACUGGUGUUCCCAAACUAAUAUACGUUCCCUACGAAUGCAUAGCGCCCAAUAUCGUGGCGCUUAGUCAAAAACUUAAGAUAUCAAUGGCUGACAUUAUUUACUUGGGUACUCCUUGCACUUUUGAUCCGUCUAUUGUGGAGCUCUUUUUGGCAAUGCAGAAUGGAGCCGCAUUACUCAUCUGUCACAGUACCAUGAGUGAUUCCCCCCAACGAGUUCUAUGUGCCCUAUUUCCCGCCAGCGUUACAACACCUGGUAUAACUGUGAUGCAAAUGACUCCCUCGUUGUUUCGCCAGUUUGGCGCAACUGCUAUUCGUGAGCGUAUCCUUCAUAGCUCAAGCACGCUAAGAGUACUACUACUGGGUGGUGAAGCUUUUCCGUCCAAUGCAGAGUUGGUCACCUGGAUGGAACCACAGGUGUUGCAACAGAAGUUGGUGUGCAAUAUAUAUGGCAUCACAGAGAUGUCAUGUUGGGCUACUAUGCACGUUCUAGAUUCGCUGCACUCGCUUGUACCCCUUGGCACACCUAUUGAUGAUCAAACGGUGUUGCAUAUUGGCCCGCCAACUAAUGAAACUCUAAAUAAAUCGAAACUACAUAGCGGCGAGCUCUGGCUAGGCAGCGCCACGCGCCGUUGCUACAUACCAGAAGAUGAUAAUGAUAGUAUAAGUGAUCAAGUUUGUUUUCGCCCAACGGGUGAUUUGGUUCGACAACACAAUCAUUCCGUUGUAUAUGAAGGACGUUCAAAUAAUGUGGUCAAGCGAGCCGGUCAGCGCAUUAACUUGGAGCUUAUAACGCGUAGGAUAGAGGAUUGUUUGCAGAUUGGCGAGCUCGUGUGUUGCUUGUGGCAAGAGGAGCUACAGAAACUGAUAUGCUGCAUACGCAGCUUAGAGCUAAAGACAAAGACGCAGCAAAGAGCACAGACGUUUAACAUACUAUCCAAGCUGCUGGUCUGCCAGCAACCGGAUCGCUUUGUCUACCUGCAGCAUUUUCCAUGCAAUGCGCAUGGCAAGCUAGACAAAUUUUCUUUGCUCAAUCUGUGUACACCAAUGGUCCAGCCUGCUCAAGACAUUCUUAUUAGUUUCCUUCAUGACCGACUAGAAUGUGUGGAUUCGCCAACACACAACAUGCAAAAAAGACGGCGUAUGGAUCAACCGAUAAGGCAACCAAAUCCCACCGGCUAUGACCUGAGUUUUCGACAAGCAGGCGGAACAUCUUUUCACGCUAUAACACUGUGUCGUGAAAUCGGUUUGCAGAUGUGCAUUGAUGAUGAGCAACGCCACUUGUUUGAGCUUCUGCUCGAUGAGAAUAUACCGUUGCGCUCCAUACUUUCGUACCUGGAUUCAGUCAAGUUGGUAGCACACAAUACCAAAUUGAAGUCAGUACAACCAGUGAUAUCUUCAGGAGGCAGUGGCCUGAUUAUCACUCGCGUUGAGCCACCUGCUCUUAAUUUUCAAUUUCACUGGAGGGUCUGCUUCAAGAAGUGUAUAGAUUCGCCGGUGGCGCAAUAUGAAAGUCGUUACGUAUGUGUGGGUGCCCAUUCAAAGAUAUUGCGGACGCUGGAUGCGCAGACAGGUCAGGAGAUUAGUACAAUAAAACUAACUGACCGCAUUGAGUGUAAGGUUACAUUUAUAAGCGAAAAUUUGGCAAUGGUGGGUUGCUAUGAUGGUACACUAUACGGCUUUAAUCCCUUAACUGGAAAUCUUAUAUGGAGUGUAGGCAUCGGUGGCAUGAUAAAGGCGCAGCCUCAUAUGUCGUUGGAUAGAUCCCGCAUUUUAGUCUGCAGUUAUGCCGAUGAUUACAAUGUUAUCUGCUUGUCGAUGAAUCGACAAGAGGUACUGUGGUGUAUUCGCUUGGGCGAAAAGGGCAUUUUUGCAAGCCCGUUUGAGCUUCCUCAAGAGCAGGCAGUCAUUAUCUGCACCCUAGAUGGUAGUUAUUAUCGAAUCUCGAUCUUGGAUGGUGCUGUGCAGUGGAAGCAGAAAUGUUCGGAACCUUUUUUUUCCACUCCAGUUUUUCUCGGAUCUAGCGAAAACCUGUUCCUUUGUGCCGAAGUGACAGGACGCGUACACGCCUGCUCCUUAAUCACUGGAGACAUCCAAGCUUCGUACUCAGUUGAGGGAAACAUAUUCUCUUCCCUAGUGGUGAAGGCACCGCCAACUCACAUGGGCUACAGCUUUGUUUUGUUUGGGUCAAUUGAUCAGCAUAUAUAUUGCCUCCGAUGCAAGACCGGCUCAGGACAGAUACCCUCGUUCGAGCUGCAUUGGAAACUGAAUGUAGGAGCACCAGUAUAUGCCACACCUUCUAUAGUCACAAUCGAGCCAAAUGGUCACUUUGUAUUCUGCAGCGCUACCAAUGGCAGUCUUCUUUUGGCGGAUUUCAACGGUCAGACCUUAUGGACUGACAAGUUAGGUGGAGAAGUAUUUUCGACUCCCUGCUUUAUUCAGAGUCUAAAGCGAAUUUAUUUGGGUUGUCGUGAUAACCAUUUAUAUUGCUUGAGCAUAUAAGAUGAAGAAUUUGCAAAAAUAAUACAAGUACUCUGUACGUAUCAAAGUAGUGCUGAAAAAAAAUUGUUUUCCAAAAUCUCUAAUAAAAACAUGUACAUGA